UUUAAUAUAAACCGUUCAGUUUAGUGUUUGUUUAGACAAUUUUCAAUAGCAAUGGCAAUUCCAUUAGAUGCCCGGGAAAUCCUCAGUCACCUGAACCAGCUCGGCUACCGAAACAUUACACCCGAGCAGUUGAAAGAAUUCCAAAAAGAUCUGCGAAAGUUAAUCAAAUACGACAACCAAAUAAGUGGGAACGAUCCUUCGGACGGCCAUACCUGGCAACACACCGCACAGCCGAUGAAUCCUUUUCAACGGCUGCACACAUCUACGACUAUAAGCUACGAUGCAAAAAUUGCCGGAAAAAGAUCUAAACAAAAGCAGCAUCAGCAGCAUGAAAUCAAUUCGAAAAAGCAAUCAACGACAGCAUCAUCAUCGCAAAGAACAGACUCAGCACCGAUCACCGCCGACCCGCCGCCACCCCGGGAGGAUAAGGAAAAUCAACAACAGAAGUGUCGAAAAGUUCGCAAGCAGCAGGACGACAAAAGUUCAGCCGCGAAUAAAAUGUGGAUUCGUCCGAGAAGUACCAGUGCUACUAGAAACCGUAAAAAUGAUCCAGUAUCACUCUACCAUGCCUAUCAGAAAGAAUGGGCUCGCUUCCGAAACCAGCUUCCGGGGGAAAAUAGUCACUCGGAUCUGAGGUGGCAAGUGCGAACUAAAAUGCUAGCUGAAAAGUAACGACUGCUCGCAGCAGAAUAAUUAUGGUGAAUUUCCAUCCAGGGUUAGUUAUAAUUCCACAAGGCUGAUAUUUUCUUUUAAGUUUUAGACUGAAAAUACAUUCCAUUUUAAACAUA